UGCGAGAGCGUGCGUUCCCGCCCGCUCUCUUCAGUUCUCUCCGACCGCGCUUUCGGUAUGCGUUUGUGAUGGGCCUCUGCCGCUGGCGCCAUGGAGGAGGAACUCAAAUGUCCCGCGUGCAAGCACUUCUACUCCAAUCCGGUGUUGCUUCCGUGCGCGCACUCGCUGUGCCUCAACUGUGCAUUGAACGCACAGCAGCCGGCCAACGCGCCAACAACUGCUCACGUCGCGAAUUCCACUUCGUCUUCGGAAGACAGUGGCAACAGCAGCAACAGCGGCCUGGUCGGGCCGUCUGAGAUCGGGACCACAGCGGAUUACCCCGACGGCGACAAGGUGAGCCUGCUCAGCGAGACGGACAGUGGCGUUGUCUGCACCAGCCGACCGAGUUCUUACGUGGGAACUCCGAAUCUACAAGGUGUUCUGUUCCCGCCGCUGCUUCACAGCGGUGUCGCUCUUCUGUCCCUCGCUUGCCCCGAGUGCCACAAGCUCGUGUACUUCGACGAAAAUGGUGCGCACAACUUGUCCCGCAACCGAGCGCUGCAGAAUAUUGUGGAUAAGUACGGCGAGACGCGGCGCCUACCCGUGGCCUGUCAGUUGUGCGAGGCCGAUAGACCGCGGGAGGCAUCGGUGAUGUGCGACCAGUGUGAGGUGUUCUACUGUGAGUCGUGUCGCGAAAACUGUCACCCGGCUCGGGGACCGCUGGCCAAGCACACGCUACUGGAACCCCAGCAAGGGAAGAAAAUUCUUCGCGCCCGCUCGCUGGGAGGUCGGGAUUCAAAGUGCACCGAUCACACCGAAGAGGCGCUCAGCAUGUACUGCAUGGUGUGCAAGGUCGCCGCUUGCGUGCUCUGCCUUCAGGACGGACGACAUGCCAGUCACGACGUCCAAGCCCUGGGAUCCAUGUGCAAGGCGCAAAAGACGGAGUUGUCGCAGAACUUACAGGCGCUCUCGGAGAAGGCCAAGACCGCCACCGAGUUCAUCCAGGGGCUCAAGGGCAUGUCCGAGCGAGUGCACGAGAACUGCUUGGCGUUCGAGGCCCAGAUUUCGGCGCAGUGCGACGCCCUGGCCGAGGCCCUGGAGGCCCGCCGCCGCGAGCUGCUGGCGUUCGCGCGGCGCGAGCGCGAGGCCAAGCUGAAGGCGCUCAAGGGACAGCUGGCCAACUGCACCGUGACGCUGCAGAGGACCACCGCGCUGCUGCAGUUCUGCAUCGAGGCGCUCAAGGAGACCGACCACGCGGCGUUCCUGCAGAUCGGGCCGUGCCUGAUCAACCGGGUGGCCAACGUGGACGUGACGUGGCACAAGGACAUGGCGCCCACGCCUUGGGCCUCUCCGGACUUCGACCUAACGCUCGACCAGCGGUCGGUGCUGGACGCCGUCAACCAGCUCACCUUCACGCAGCUGAAACCGCCUGGUGCGCCCCAGCUGAUACCGGAGGACUCGACGGCGGAGAACAACUGCGUCACGGUGGCCUGGCAGCCACACGCCGGCAGCUUCGUCCAGGGCUACGUGCUCGAACUGGACGACGGAAACGCCGGGCCGUUCAGGGAGGUGUACUGCGGCAAGGAGACGCUAUGCACGGUGGACGGGCUGCACUUCAACAGCGCGUACCGGGCCCGAGUGAAGGCCUACAACGCCACCGGGGAAGGACCCUACAGCGACGUCAUCGUGCUGCACACGGCCGAAGUGGCGUGGUUCGCGUUGGACCCGGUGGCGUGCCAUCCCGACAUAGUGCUGUCGGAGGAGAACGCCACGGCUCGCUGCGAGAGCUACGAGCACCGUGUCGUCCUUGGCUCCCUGUGCUUCUCCCGCGGCGUCCACUACUGGGAGGUCACCGUGGACCGCUGCGACAACAACGCUGACGUCGUCGUUGGAGUGGCGCGCGCCGAUGCUGCCAGGGAUGUCAUGUUGGGCAAAGACGACAAGGGAUGGAGCAUGUACAUAGAUCACCAAAGGUCUUGGUUUCUUCAUGCCGACCGGCACGAGCACCGCAUGGACGGUGGCGUCGAGAGGGGCUCGGUCAUUGGGAUACUGCUCGACUUGGACAGGCGUCAGCUGUGCUUCUACGUCAAUGACGAACGGCAGGGACCGCCCAUCGCUCUGGGAGCUCCCGUGCAGGGACCGAGCGCCGCACUAUACCCAGCAUUCAGCCUGAACCGCAACGUCCAGCUGACAGUGCACACGGCCCUAGACCCACCGCAGUCCUCCGAUGACAGCGACGACGCAGCAGAUGACGGCGAGGAGGCACGCGAGGUUCCCGACUCGCCCAGCACCAGGAAUGCACCCAACCUGCCACCACCGGUGGUGUGAAGUUUUUUUUUUUUUUUUUGGACGUCUAUACAGAACGAAGCUGCCACUCAUUUGUCAUCCCAUAUUGCAACUUCAGCACAGCUGCAUGCCGUGCAAUGUUUACAAGUUUGAGAACGUGGUAUGCUGCAAUGCUCGGCCAGUUUGGCAAGUGAAGUUGCCAACAUACUCCACAAAACGAAUGGGAACAUGCCGCAGCUGCAUCAGCAGUGCAAAUUUGAAAGGCUGCCCAGUGUCCACUGUAUCAAGUUCACUUGGCAGAUCACAAUUCGAAAGUGUCUUUUCGAGCAAAGUACUAAUUAGAAACGCAAGCAGCGGAGCGCACGGCCUCUGAUUCACACUGCGCCAUGUAACCAUGCCCACGAUAAACAGUGCAGUUAAGGCAUGACCUCCGAGAUAGAGUGGCACAGCAGUACGCUCGCCACUCAAUGUCAGAGGCCACAGUUAAAGUUCUGCGUUCUAGGCCACGUGUCCCGCUCUCCUGCACUGGGCCACUCGUCUUUAUUUGCAAGUGAAUAGUCAGGAAAAAAUAUGUAUAUCGAUUUUUCUGCUUAUCGACGAAACUUGGCGCGGCUGAGAAGCGCUGCUGAUGAUCCCAAUUGACGAUCACUUUGGGAGAUGAGAUCACGUAGCGAGAUUUUGCGUUUGGUGCGGAGUCACGCAUAAUCUUUCAAAAACAAUUGUAUUCCCGAAAGUGAUUGGUCAAUAAUCUGGCUAUUGUGGCUAUGGGUUACAAUGUGCCGAGUGCUGCGCACUCCACUGUUCGUGGUUCAUUAAUUGGACAACAUUUAACAAAAUGAAAUGAAAGUUGAGUUCCCCGAAACACAGAGUUCCUCUCACUUUUAAAGAGUUUUUAGACAUGUCUCUAUUGUUGGGCUAGUUAGUUCAUUCAGUUCAGUCCAAGUACGUAUAAGCUAACACCUUGCCCCUGCGUGCCAUUACAUGAAAGGAAAUACAAAUUUAAUUACUGUGUAACCUGACUUGCGUGUCAGUUCAGCUCAUUUAUUAUAUGAAGGGUCACUCUAUGCUUUUCAGUGGAAUAAAUAUGGUCGGUUGUUGUAAUUAAAACAAAAAUGAAGGUGUGGCAGUGUUAUGACCUAUUCCGCAUUUGCAAGAAUGUGACAUGACUAUUAGUAUUACAUGAGGGGGAGAGUGGCGAGAUAUUCUGCAACUUCAUAUCAUGAUUUAAAACCAAACUAAAAGUGCAAAACGUGAAGUCAGCCGUGAUGCUAAAACAAAGCAUUUGUUGCAUAACGUUGUACGCAGUCGGCUACUACUAUGACGCAUCCACUUGGCGCAAUAAUGGCUGUCCACCACAAUGCGCUACUCCAGGAAGCAGCAUGGGUUAAUGGUAUCUUCUCUAGGACAUCGAGAGGUUUACGGGAUGGAUGGAUGGAUGAUGAUAGCUUCUGCUUUGAAAUGGGGUAGUUGACAAAUGUCGCCAAGCUUGUUUCUUUUUGCCUUUCCGCCUCGUCUGCUCUUGAACCUUGGGAUCGGCUAUUCUUGUCAAUGAACCAUCGAAUCUAAGUACUCCUAUACUUUAAGCAAAAUUAGUUAGAAAAAAAUGUCAUCUGCAGGUGUGUGCCAAUUUGAGCAACUGAUAUACUGAUAUGAUGAAGUUCGAAGUUACAUAACCGAGUUCUCACAUCCUUCGGAGGUACUAGAGGUCUAUUUGUUCGCUAUUCCUAGCGACGGCUUCUACACAGGCUGUGUUGUUUCUAGCUGUCCUCCAACAUGGAGCCGCUAAAGGCAACACGAGAAAAAACUGUUUGUGGAUUACUAGCUAAAUUAAACGGCGUAAAUAAGUUGUCUAUUUGAAUGAGAUAUAUACACGGCAACUUUUGUUUACAUAAUCAUUCAUCAACCGCGCCGUCACAUGCCGGCAUUCACCGGCGUGCAGAAACCGUUGCAGAACUUCCCUUCGCUGUAAAAAACAAUGUUGUGUUUAUUGUGUUUUCCCUUCAUUAGCUUCGCUACUCUCCCAGCCAGAACCAUCGAUUGCGAUUGCAAAUGUGUAGACAGCUAUACGAAGUAAGGAGAGUAGUUUUAUCCGCCGUUUAAUCUUGCAAACAUUCACUAACAGCCGCCUCUUACUAGCCUCAACAGCAGGUCCAUUUAUGUUUUCCCCGCUGUCCUUGAAACAAGCGUUGGACAGGCUAGUUUGGUCCAGGUUUUCCUCCCAAUAAACACUGUGAUGGCCAAAACUUCGGCUUUCCUACACCGCUCAGGCACCUAGUGGCCGAGUUUACUGCAUCUCGAAGUGCACAUUGGCACUUGUUUACUUUUUCGAGCUUGGCUUAUUCCACGGUUUUCACAGAUUUAACUUUAAUGAUGAACCAACUAGCCCAAUAUCAAAUGAUCUUAGUUUUUAUCUGAACGCUAGUGUACAUGCUGUUGGUGGAUUGUGCAAGUUGGGCACUCAUCGUUCCAAUAAUGGGUCUCUGUGUGUUUUUCACUAGAUUAUUCUUGCGACUUCUCUGAGCAAAAGAAUGUUUGCAUGUGUUGUGGAGCAGAGUAAACAAACAAGUAACUGCCUAAUUAAGGUGAGAUCAGAAAUGCAUGUCAUUUCAAACCUUAAUUUGUAAAUUUUGCACAAAGGUUGUUAGCUGCUGUAUUUCCGAUAUAUUUCUUAUCACUGACUGACAUAUCACAAAUGGCUUACCAACUAUUUGACGCAUGUGUGCUAUGAUGACUUCAGCAAUGAUCACAGUUCCUUGGAGUUAGAACUGAGAUAUAAAACACUGUCCCAGUUCCAGGGCAAGACAUAUAAGUUAUUUCCUCAAUUUUAAUUAUUUUAUCAACACUUAACACAUUAUCAGAACGAGGUCAUUGGGCAAGGAACUUUCUCUCGCGACCUCUCCAAGCUACAGAAACAUAUAAAGUUUGUGCUCGCAAAUGUACCAUUUAAGACACCAGCACAUUUAGCAGUCCUUGGCUUGAGCGCACUAGGUUCAGCUGGAAUGAAUUACAGUGUUGAUUGCCAACCUAUGAUGACUGCCAUAUAGAUUCCUUUAAUUUCCUUGCUUGACAGAUAGUUGCACACUGCUUGCUUAAUCAGUCUGUUUGUACAACUGUCUGUUCUGUUUCCGUGUUCCAGUAGCUGGUCAACUUAGGCAGCAACACCAUUAUUCAAGAACUUGUUUCGUCCUUUUCUUUUUUCUUUUUGUAAUACAACUAGUAAUCAUUGUGUAGUGUCGAUAGUAAUUUGCAGAGUGUUGUGUCUUGAGGCAGCGUACAUAUCACUUUACACAAAUACUAUUAGUGCUUCAAAGCUACGUGGACAGAAAGCCACAUUCAGUGGCCGAUACAUCGAACUGUGUUGAUGCCUACUGUUAAAAAGGAAACUAGGGCAAGCUGUAAUCCUAGUUACCUUGUUUGCAGUGCUUAUUCUGCAGUGACAACGACUUCAUACGACUUGCAAGAAGCAGGAAUAUUGCAUUGCAUGUGUUCCCUUGGUUGUCAAGGUGUUGCCAGAAGGUGACAUUCCCGCUCUUCCUGAUGCACUUAUGUUUGAACAAAGUUAAUCUUAAAAAUAAAAUUUCACAGUAUGCGCGUAAUCGUUUACAACAGGAGAAGACUGGGCAUAGGCGACGCACCUUGCAAAAGAUACCGGUGAAAGCCCGAGUGCUGCGUCAUGCCAAUUGUCACUGCGGGUGCUUGUACGCAGCGCAAGAACAAGCAUUGGCCUAAUAGCAUUGCUUGUACAAGAUUGUUUGCAGAGCACAGGGCAGCUCUUAGGCAAGGCUUAUCUGGCGCUGAAUAUACGUCCUGCCAUUAUUUUCGUGUUCUAGUUCUUUUUACCACUUAAUUUUUUAUAUAUAUAUAAAUAUAUGUAGUAUCUUAGUAGGGAACAAAGGUUUGCAAGUGCUGCGAGUGCUCUUGAAGUUAUAUUGAAGUGUCAAAACUUGUAUGGCUUUUUAUUGAGGGAGAUUUCAUUGAAAAGGAAAGCACUGUCGUGUGUUUACAUUUUGACACUUCUGAUUAGAUGAAAAGAGAGUGCACCAUUCAUGCAUCAUUCUGACUUUCGCCUGCCGUGUGUGUUAAAAUGUUCGAGCACUACUUCGGUGACAUGGAAAGAUACUUUUACAAAAUUAAUUGAUAGUUUGCACUGAAAGUCUGGUAUUUUGUUUUUCGUUAAUGCCAUAAUUGAAUUAAAGCUUCAAGAGUUCAGACUGUCAUGAACACAUUUGCCCUGUCAACAAACAGCCUCAAGCCACUCUUCUGUUCUGGUGAUUUUCUUUUCCAGCCAUUAUGUUUAGCUGUCAAACUGUACGCCUGUAGCCAAGAAAACUAGUCACAUGUGUAAAGAAAGCUUAGUGUCAGUUGAAUGAUCUCUGUGGUUGGUAAAUGUGAGGGUGCAUGUCUCAUCUGCAAACACCACCUGACAGGAAGACUACAGUGCACUGCUAUCAGGCUUUAUAGUUUUUGUGCCGAUUUUUUACCACCAAACCAAAGGGAAAGACAGGCAAGUCUGUCCAGUCAUCCCUUGUAAAGAAGCCCUGUUCUUGUUCAUCACUCAUCGGAUGCGGCAAUUCAAAGGGGUCUUACUUUCUUGUAUGUGUGUGUCUAUAAGCUGUGUAACCAAGUCUAGUUUGGAAGCUUUUGGUAAUUUGAGGGUCAUUUGUUGAACCAUUAUUUUGGUAAUGGACCAUUGUAUGUUUUUUACUUUUUUUAUUUUUAGGUAGCGACAGUUGAUCUGGUAGCUACAACAGUCACUCCAAAAUGGUGGUUUAUCAUUCGUUAAAAGGAGCUGCAAAUUAAGUUGUCAUGUCAUGGCAUAUUAGCAACGAUACGUUGGCAACCUAUGAAGUCUUGUACUCCUGUGCGUCCACAUGGCGUGUUAUUGCUGUGAAAGGGGAAUGCAGGAGUGUGCUGAACUAGGCUGGUUCCUGCAUGUGGAAGGGAAUGUAGCAGCACAAGGAGACUGCACGUAUAGUGUGGAUGUGUACAGUGGACGUACAGCGCUGUGUCUGUCGCCUGCGCUAUAUGUGCCAUCUUUUGCGCUGUCAGAUUCCCGUUCAAGGGCAAUGCUGCAAUAGAUUGUAUUGCAGCGUUCCACUGCUUACUAAGAGUACGUAGGUACACGCACUUUUUAGGCGCUUCAUCUGCUCCACAAAGAUGAAUGCUUUUUUUUUUUAAUUCGUUAAAUUUGCUCCUAUGUUUCAGCUUUCAUCAGGCAUAUCUUCAUUUUAUGUGACUUGACGAUUUUAUGUGGCAUGUAGUGAUUUUAGUCUAUGCUAUUCACUCACUGGUGCUAUUGUCAAACUACCGAGGCUUGUUCUCGUUCUAUUACUUUUGUGUUUGUCUAAGUAAUUGAUUUUGGAAGGACCUCAUAUAAAUUCACACCAUCACGCUGAAAUGACUUAAUUAGCCCAAACCAGAAAAUAAUUUUAGUUUCGUUGCAAUAAUAAGCACUGGCGUAUGCUAUAACGCGCAGAGUUGUGUAACUCCGUAGCGCAAGUUUGGUAAGGUCCAGCCAAGACUGCUGUUUCGAGUCAGCUGUAUCCUGUGAUUGCAUUGGCCUCUCUAUUGUGGUGUGUGCCCUUCCCAAGACAUGUGAGGUGAUCAAAGCCAGUUUAAGAUUUCGUGCACUGCCAGGUUUUGCCUACAUGCCGUGGUUGUAUACUUAUUUAUUCUGCAGCACUCUUCCGAGCGUUUGCGUACCGAGUGCUUAUGUUUACCGAAGGUUAUUCUUUGCCAGGAUGGAGCAUAUAAUAGUGUGUACACAUUUUCCUCCAAUUAUCAGCACACAUGGAAUGAAAGUUUACUGGCUGUAAAUAGCAGAGAGGUUCCCUCGUUCUUUUAUUGCUGCUGUAGCAUAUGUAGCAUAUCCGGUAGAGAAGUCACUAUCAUGUUUUUCUUCACAUUUUUUAUGUCUGGCAGUACUAUGUUUAUUGAUUAAAUAAAAGUUUCUUCUCUGC